UUUAAGGGGACAUUAUUACCCCAGUUGUUGCAGUUUUUCUACACAGUGCAUUCAGUUUUGACGGACAUCGCCAAUGACCAAUCAGCAUCUUGAAUUGGUGUCUCAGAUAUUUUGGAUAGGGAGCGUGUUACCGAGGAGGAGUGUGUAUUUGGCCUGUGAUGGUUGUCUAUGUAUGUGGAGGUGUGCCCCUAAAAAUGUAUACGCCCUCAUUUCUGGAGCGAACAAGGAAUCGAGUACACUAUUUAUUUAUUUCCGAGGUAUACUCCGGACGUCCAGAUUAGUCGAAGACACAGCGGAUAGUAGCCUAUUUUAAUAUAAGUCCUUAUUAAAAAUGAAAGACUGCUGUUGGUUUCAUUUGUGUAGGUUGCAUUCCCGAGUAAGGACUGAGUCAACCAGAUAAACCGAAAAUCUGCGCUACCUAUAGCUGCAAUAGGCAUUUAUAUGGGGAAAGUGUCUUAGUAUUGCACUGUGUAAAAACGCACGUUCUUAUUUUUUCUAUGGCUAACAGUUCGAGCUGUUUCAAACCUGGUUUGUUGAUUGUUCAGGCAGCGUGAGGCAAAUACUCAAUUUCUCAAUCUUGAGAAAUUCUUUUCGGUUGAAAUGUUGUUUUGCCGCUCUUAUUGUGUUGUGUUCCAUUACAACUGUCCUGCACCACGUAGGUGUAGGCUACAGUUUUCUUUAUUCGUGGCCGUCGAAGAAGUGUUUCACUUAAGGUUACGCUGUCAUUGAUUGUAACCUACCGCUACUCUGUUGAUGUCUUUAACCACUUGCCGUGAGCAAAAGCGGUUUAUUCUGUCUUCGGUAAUAUUACUGGAAGAUAAAUACAUUCGCUGGUAUAUAGGCCUAUUCAUUGUAUUAUAGUUUGUGCAGGUAGUGAAAGGAUUUGGUGGUGGUUGCAACAUUUUAGACCAACAGCUGUCAUAUUCAGUGACAUUGUACAGAAACCUUGUUCCAAGAAUAAAGGUAUAGCUAGUUAUUCACUCUGUUGUCUUGUUGUCUGAAUAGAAUUUAUAGUUAAUUAAGUCAAUGUCUAAAUCCCACGAAGGCAUCGGUCUUAGUUACACUGCAGGACCAUCCCUCUGUUUUAGAAAUAAAUCUUUUUUAUUUUUUGGGAUCAAAUAAUCAGCAUCCAACCAUAACAGUAGCUUAGCCCUACUGUUGCCGACUGCAAUUAGUACUAGCAUUACAUUACGAGCAUUUAGCAGACGCUGUUAUCCAGAGUGACUUGCACAACUUUUACAUAGCAUUUACAUUAAGUCCAUUUAUACAGAUGGAUACAUACUGAAGCAAUGCAGGUUAAGUACCUUGCUCAAAGGUACAACAUCAGUUUCCUACCCAGGAAUCGAACCAGUGACCUUUAGGUUACGAGACCAGUUCCUUUCCCAUUAUACUUCACUGCCGCCCUUACAAACAACAGUAUGUGAUAUAAAUUUGACAGAUUUUCAUGUUACAUCAGGGUUAACAUGUUUUGUGAGUGAGUUUCUGGAUUGAUAUGUUCACAUUAUAACUAGGAACAUUAUUUCAGGGCACAUGACCUAAAUGUGUGUUACUGUCUAAAUUGGGGGUUUUCAACCUUUUCUCAUCAGGGGCAUAAACAGUGGACAGAGAUGAUUUCCUGAGAUAAUAAAGAUCAAUCUUCUGCCAGUGGACAAAAAAGGGAACAGAUGUUAUCCGAGACUUGACCGUUAAUUUUUUUGAGGGCAAGCAUUUCAGUUGAAAAAGACGACAAUCUUAAAUUACGGGCAUUUUUAAAUAGACAUGUUAGAAAUAGUGGAAAUACUUCCCCAAAAACAAUUUCAGCGGAAGUAUACCGCAGGCCACUGACUAGCAUACAAACGUGCUUAUAUGCGAGUCAACGGACUUGUAUGUGAUAUCUGCACCGGCAGUUAUGUUGUUGAGCAUAUUUUAGUUCUGCGAGGGAAAUCAGUUACAUCCGGUUUAAAAAGUUAUUCUUGCCGACACUACUUUGAUGCUGCAAGUUAGCUCAGUUGUAGAGAGCGUCAAACAGGGCCUACUGAACUUUGAUGUUGAUUAUAACAAUGUAACUGCAUCCGUCUCGGAUAAUGCGUGUUACAUGUUCUAUAUAGCUUACAUCAGUAUAUACUAAAGCGACCUGUUCUGACUUCUCCUGCGAUUUUCAGGAAAUACUGAAUUCAGACCCAUUAUUCCACCAGUAUUCAGCUUUAUUGGUAAACGUUCUCUCUGUCAAAAAAGUGCAAAACUCUUGGUAUAUGUGUCCAUGGUGUACUGCCUUUGAUUGAGACAUUUGUUGUGGGAAAAUCCAUGUUUUCUAAUUAAUAAUGAAGGAAUCACAUCCUUGAUACUGUUCGGAUACAUCUGUUCUUCCAUUGCAGAACGUUCUUUGCGGUCCACAUUUUUCUUUUUGUUAACCGUGUUUUUGUGUUGUUGGCAUCUGUAUUAUUUGGCAGAAUGAGAUGAAUGUAUUAAGCAUAAAUAAGUAGCCUAUGCUAUAUGCUAUUCUCUGCUGUCUUAGUCCAUACUGUACACUGCCAGUGACAGGUGAUUGACCACCAUUAGGUGACAUGGAUAUGUGACAGCCUAAGCAGGAGAGUUCAGGUGUUUUGUGCUUUGCCGUCCUCUGCAUGUUGCUGGGGCUGGCUGUUCACACGCACUGCAUCCAAACCUGACCUGCUGUAGACCUCUGGUGGGAAAUGAUGAUUCACAUGUAACUGGCUUAAAUGCUUAAAGUGCUUAAAAGUCUCCACCCCAGACGCUGUGUCUUGAGAACGAGGAUCUUAAACAUCAGUCCUAGAUAGCCACCGUGUCUGCUGGUGGUUGAUGUCCUUCAGUACUUUGACACUUAAAGUCACAGGUUGACUGAAGAGCCACAGUGGCCCUUCCGCAGAGAACUUGGAGAUCCCUGGCCUGGAGAAUGGAAGUUAGUUUGUGAGUGUGGUUUCUGCUGAAUGAUCUUAUCCGAUAUACCACAUUUUACCCACCACUGAGUUGUAGGUCUGUGGGAGAUUUGGCUCCUUCAGUUGAAGCCCCACCUACACAUAUUGAGAAUUUGGGACGAUUCGCCUAACCUCACAGUGUCAACCUGUUAUAGUACAAUAAGGUUGCAGCCUAUCUUGUAUUUUCAUAAAUGUUUCAAGUUCAUACAUCCUAGAACUUGACCGAAGACUGGGAGAAACAGUGAUUGCGUAAGAUUCUGACCUGCGUCCUUGUCAGUUGCUGCAAUCAGAUGUUUGAUGAUGCUCGAUGAUCGGUCAUUAAUUUUAACGAAAAUCGAUUAAGGAAAUUCUUUAAAAUAUUCAUCCCUAGUCAGUGGCUAUUUGUGUCUGGGACUUUUUUCCUUCAGUCUUCAGCAAGUGAGGGGCAUGUUCAGUUGGAUUCAGGAUGGGUGAUUGACUUCAAGAACAUUCCACUUUCUGGCCCCGAAAAACUUUUUGGUUGCUUUAGCAGUAUGUUUGGGGGUCAUUGCCCUGAUGCAUGGUGGAGUGCUGUCCAAUGAGUUUUGAAGCAUUUGCGUGGAUCUGAGCAGAUAAGAUGUUUCUCUACACUUCAGAAUUAGUCUUGCUGCUGUCAGCAGUGACAUCAUCAAUAACUUGACAAGUGAGCCAGUUCCAGUGGCAGCCAUAUAUGCCCAAGCCAUAACACCCUCCACCCUGUUCCACAUAUCUAUGCUUUGAAUCAUGAGCAGUUCCUUUCUUUCUGCUCUCUUUCUUCUUUCCAUAGCUUUGGUACAGGUUAAUACUCAUCUCAUUGAGCCAUAUGACUUUGUUCCAAAACUUUUAUGUUUUUAAAUGUACUUUUUUAUUAUAUAUAUAUUUUUUUAGCAAACUGUAACCUGGCUGUUCUGUUCUUGAGGUUUACUAGAGGUUUGCAUCUUGCGGUGAACCCUCUGAGGUUAUGCUGGUGUUAGUCUUCUCUUUAUAGUAGUCUUUGACGCAUGUAUGCGGGCAUGCCGCAGAGUGUCCUUGAUCUGUUCGUCAGUUGAUAAAGGUAUUUUCUUCACAACUGAAAGUAUUCUUUGGUCAUCCUCCACUACAGUGGUUUUUCAUGGUCUACCAAUUCGCUAUUGCUGAGCCCUCCAGUGCAUUCUUGGUUCUUCAUGUACUGAAAGGUUAAUUUUGACCCACUCAAAGUUUUUCCCAUGUCUCUGAUCGAGUUAUUCAGAUUUUCAGCUUCAUGGUGGCCUGCUUACUGGCUUUGGAACUUAUUUGGUCCUCAUGUUGAGAGACGACAGCAACAGGCUCCAGAUGCAAAUGCUACACCUUGAAUCAACUCUAGAUCUUUUGCUAGGUUUCUUUGUGCAUUAACUAAUGGUGCACUAAUGACACUGGCCAAGAAACAGCUGAGCAGCCAGUUGUCCAAGAUACUGCUGUGUGCAGUUAUAGCAGGAUUUAUGUGUAAAAUGGACAAUAUUUGACUUCUUGAAACAAUGUCUGCAAUUAUUAACUGUGUGUAUUUAAACAUGGCAUUUAGUGCUUCUCAGAUUACAUUAUCAAAUCAAGUAGAAUAAUAUAUGAUACAGGCUUCACUGUAGGAUUAACGCAUUGUAAAGGGUCAUUCUACAAGAAUAGUGGGAUUUAGAAUUGCAGUGUGUCUUGCAAUGUGUUUUUAAUUUUUGUCGCUUGGUACAAUAUGAACCUUUUAACUUCAUGAAUUCAUAAAAAUGCCAUCUUAAUGUAUUUAUUAUGUAUAUAUUAUUUAUAUAUUUUUUUAUACAUUCACGCAGACUAUAGCUCACGCCAUCUUUUUUGUCACUGGUGUUACUUGUACCUUGUAACAGCACAAAGGGUUUUUCAAAAUUUUGCACUUGUACACAAAAACAGUGUAGGUUAAUUACAAUACAGGAGAAUUGCUUAAUUACCUAAUCCUGAAGCAUUUCCUGUUCAUUCCAUUGCAAAGAGAACCCAUAUUUGCAUGAACAAUGAUGGCAUAUUUCAGGUAAUUUCAUGGCAUUAUGUUCAAUUAUAUCAUAUAAUGAUCUAUAAGUGUACACUAAAAGCAGAUACCUCAUAAAUAAACUGUCAAUUGCCCUAUAAAGACACCAGUCCACCAAAAUUUAGGUAGUAGAAGGUAGGUAGUUUCCGUUGAAAACAGUGGCCGCCUGAGGAGCACACACUCUGCUUAGUCUCAUUCUUUUAUGAAAUUAAGCCAAUUCUCCUAAAGUCAAUUUAGCGUGUCGUUAGAUUGCACGUAAACUUGAAAGCAGUUCAUUUCUAAUAAUUGCUUUAAGGUUUUUUUGGCGCAAUUUCUCCUAUAGUCUGUUUGAAGAAACAGGAAGUCUGCCCAAGACUUUUAAUUGAAGGAAAAACCCUGAACUGGGAACAUAGAGUUGGGGUCAGUUCAAUUUCAGUUUAGCCUAGUCGACUCUGGAGAUGAAUUGAUUAAAAACUAAUCGUAGAGCAUUUAUGGGCAAUUGGGCAUUUUUCAGCUCAUUAAUUUUAUUUCAGUUAAUUUCCUGAACCGCAGUGAAAGUGACCGAACUAAUACUGCGGUGACACCAGAAACCCCCUUUUCCUCAUCGCUGUUUGGCCCGAACAGCAUGCGGUUCAGCGUUGUGCUCCAUGUCCGGUGCUUGAAUAAAAUACCCUUGGGAAAAGUUUUUCCUGUAUUUUUAUGCCGAGUCAUGCAGUGGAGGGAGGGAAGUGGUCUCACGAGGAAGAGUGUUUCUUCAGCUGCACUACCGUAGUGGUGUUGAGCGUCGCAUCGAAACAGUCAGCUUCUGAAUAAGUAAACCGUGCAUCAAAAUUAAAUAUUUAUCCAUAAGAUGCGUAGUGGAAUUGAAAAAAAGGAUUUAUCUUUGAAAAUAAUGUAUGAAAGAGUGGAAAGGGGGGUGGGAGGAUAUCAAAAGUAUUGCAUUUUUUGAGGCAGAUAUUUUAUCAGGACUGUAGAUAAUGCUUUGCUUUUAGGGUGCUCACUUCAUCCUGCACGCAAAAAAACAGCACAAAAUAAAUAAAAACAUGGGCGACAGGGCCUUGCUAUUCAGCCUCUCUUGAAUUACAUAUGGUGUGUUGUAGCCAAUUUGAUGUGUGCUACAUGUUGUAUGUUGUGUAAAUGUUGCUGUAGUUACUCCACCUGUGCACUAGAGGGCAUAGGCAGGUAAUCACAGUGGUCACGUGCAUAGGGGAGUCACAGGUGAACAGGAAGCAGGGAAUUUUGAACUUGGGAAGCCACACAGUUUUUCAACCGUGUGUGUGCAUCUGUUCUGUUUGUCCUGUCGUAUUGUUAGUAUUUUACGUUUUGUUUUAUAUUUACGAGCUAGUUCGGUUAUCAUUCAUUCAGUGCACCCGGCUUUUGUAAGUAUUUUUGAAUCUGCAUGUAAAUAAAUCGUCAAACGCAUAUGCCAUGGCAGACCUCAUUUUCUGCACCACUACACGCUGGAAACGCCUUCAAAUUCCAUGGCUAUGUUUGUUGUUCGAUUGCCACUACAUGGUGUGCACAAAAGGGAAUGGCUCAGGCUGGACACUUAUGUGUAAAAGAGGAAGAAUGUCAACCGCUACUAUAAAAUAUGGAAUGUGUUCUUGACGAGAUUACCCAGCUGCCCUGCUGGAGAUGGCGCUGGCUGGACAAGCUACGGCCGGACAUGUUCGACUGAGCUGGCAGUCCCAAGGGCCUCACCCCAAACCCCACGCCAUGGCAGAGUCCGUCGGCACCCCCAAAUACCUGCCUUCCGAUGGAGAGGACAACUGCGGCAUUAGCCAAUCGAAAGACGAGGAGUCUUUACCCCCUGAGGAGCCGAACAAGAAACUGAAGGUGGACCACAUCCAUGGCGGCACGGAAAGCCUCCACAAUGUAGACUUCUGGUUUUGCGAGGAGUGCAAGGAGUACUUCAUCGAGGAGUGCCCGAGUCACGGCCCCCCCGUCUUCGUGCCGGACACCCCCGUGGCCCUGGGGGUGCCGAACCGCGCCACCCUGACCGCCCCCUCGGGGAUCGAGGUCAUCCAGGAAGGCGGGGAGGUGGACGUGUGCUGCGUGGACAAGGACAUCCCCAAGGGGGCGCUGUUCGGCCCGUAUCAGGGGGAGGUGGUCUCUCAGGACAAGUCCUCCGGAUUCUUCUCCUGGAUGAUCAUCGAUGAAAACAACACGUACAAAUCCAUCGAUGGCAGCGAUGAAACGAAGGCUAACUGGAUGAGGUACGUGCGCACCUCGGCGGACGACGGCGAGCGGAACCUGACGGCCUUUCAGCACGGCGAGCACAUCUACUUCCGGGUGUGCCGGGACCUGGCGGCGGGCGAGAGGCUGCGCGUGUGGUACAGCGACGACUACAUGGGCCGGCUGCACAGCAUGUCCCAGGACAGCAUCGACUGCAAUCUGGCCGCAGUGCCGACAGCCGUUGAAAAAUCAGAGGCUGUUCACCAGCAUCACGAGGAGACCAAAGGGCCGGUGCUGAGGUCGACGCUUCAUGGAAGGAGGGGCCUCAGCAAGCAAGCCAACGACGAAGCGGACUGUCAACCGCAGGCCAAGAAGAAGAAGAUUGACCUCAUCUUCAAAGACGUUCUGGAAGCUUCUUUGGGGUCCUCCAAGGGCAUGGACAGUGCCAUCCCGCUGAGGCAGACCCGAGGCCAGCAGGUCACCUCCCUGUUCAACCACCCCAAAACGGCCCCGCUCCACAUAGGCUCCGCGUACUCCAUCCAGCAGGAGUGCAAACCCGUUGUCGCGGCUCCUGGCUCCACCCCCUCGGACCGGGAAGAGGCGGAGCCUGACGCGAGGUGCGUGAAGACGGAAGAACACUCUGCCCUGGCCGUCGAGAGCCCCUCGACCUCCUUUUGCCCCAACUGCGUCAAGCUGAAACGGAGGAUCCGCGAGCUGGAGGCGGAGCUGGAACGCCUGAGGGCGGGGCCACCGCUGGAGUCACAGAGCCAGGCCCCGCCCCUGCCAGACCCUCUCCCAUUUGAAGAUCUGCGAGUGACAGAGGCCAUGACUCCCGUCACGGUGGUGCUGGACGAGGACGACCAGGACAUGGACUCCGCGGACGAGUCCAUCGCCGCCGACCUGAUGGUCGCCGCCGACGACGCCUCCAAGCUGUCUUCCGGGCCGGGCCGCCGGAUUCGCCGCUUCAAGCAGGAGUGGCUGAAGAAGUUCUGGUUCCUGCGCUACUCGCCCACCCUCAACGAGAUGUGGUGCCACGUGUGCCGGCAGUACACCGUCCAGUCCUCGCGCACCUCCGCCUUCAUCGUGGGCUCCAAGCAGUUCAAGAUCCACACCAUCAAGCUGCACAGCCAGAGCAACCUGCACAAGAAGUGCCUGCAGCUCUACAAGCUGCGCAUGCACCCGGAGAAGACGGAGGAGAUGUGCCGCAACAUGACGCUGCUCUUCAACGCCGCCUACCACCUGGCGCUGGAGGGCCGGCCCUUCUCCGACCUGCGGCCGCUGGCCGAGCUGCUCAAGAAGUGCGAGCUCAAGGUGGUGGACCAGUACCUGAACGAGGGCGACUGCCAGAUCCUCAUCCACCACAUCGCCCGGGCGCUGAAGGAGGACCUGGCCGAGAGGAUCCGCCUCUCGCCCUACCUCAGCAUCAUCAUGGACGGCCAGAACGACGACCUGCUGGCCGACACGGUGGCCGUCUACGUGCAGUUCGUCACCAGCGACGGGCCGCCCGCCACCGAGUUCCUCUCCCUCCAGGGGCUGAGCUGCGCCACGGCGGACGGGUACCUCCAGGCCGUCGACCGGGCCUUCGCCAUCCUGGGCCUCAGGCUGCAGGACGUGCUGGUGGUGGGCCUGGGCGUGGACGGGUCCAACAUCUCCGCCGGCUUGAGGGCCAACCUGUACAUCGCCAUGAGGAAGACCCUGCCCUGGGUGCUGUGCCUGCCGGUCAUGAUCCACCGGCCUCACCUGGAGGUGCUGGACGCCAUCAGCGGGAAGGAGCUGUCCUGCCUGGAGGACCUGGAGAACAACCUGAAGCAGCUGCUCAGCUUCUACCGCUACUUCCCGCGCAUGAUGGCGGAGCUGAAGGCCACCGCCCCCACGCUGUCGGAGGAGACGGAGUUCCUGGGCGACAUCCGAGCGGUGCGCUGGAUCAUCGGCGAGCCCAACGUCCUGAACGCCCUGAUCAAGGACUACCUGGAGGUGGUGGCCCACCUGAAGGAGAUCAGCAGCCAGACGCAGAGGGCCGACGCGGCCGCCAUCGCCCUGGCCCUCCUGCAGUUCCUCCUGGACUACCAGUCCGUCAAGCUCAUCUACUUCCUGCUGGACAUCAUCGCCGUCCUCUCGCGCCUGGCUUUCGUCUUCCAGGGGGACUACCUCCUGGUCUCCCAGGUGGACUUCAAGAUCGAGGAGGCCAUCCGGGAGAUCGGGCAGCUGGUGGACUCCCCCGGCGAGUACCUGCAGGAGUUCGAGGAGAGCUUCCGCGAGAGCUUCAACGGCGUGGACCUGAAGAACCUGCGGGUGGCCGAGUCCAAGUUCCAGUCCAUCCGCGAGAAGAUCUGCCAGAAGAGCCAGGGCAUCCUGGCGCAGCGCUUCGACGCCCGCAGCCGCACGGUGGUCAAGGCCAGCCGCGUGCUGGACCUCGCCACCUGGCCGCGCAGCGAGGACGACCUGCGGGCCUACGGCGAGGAGGAGAUCCUGCUGAUCUUCGACCACCUGGAGGCCGUGCCCCCGGCGGGCCGGGAGGCCGGCCGCGGCGAGCGGGGGGACCCCCGCGGCAGCCUGGUGGCGGAGUGGCGGGACCUGAAAGCCGACUACUACAGCAUGAGCGGCUUCAAGGAGGCGGUCGGCCACAUAUGCCGCUACAGGCAGCGCUUCCCCCUGCUCAACCGCAUCGUGCAGAUCCUGCGGGUGCUGCCCACCUCGGCCGCCUGCUGCGACAAGGGCCGGGUCUCCCUGCAGAAGGUGCGCAAGAACAACCGGGCCCGCCUCACCCUGGAGCAGCUCAACGACCUGCUCACCCUGGCCGUCAACGGGCCGCCCAUGGCCAGCUUCGACGGGAAGAGGCCCCUGGACAGCUGGUUCGAGGAGAAGUCCGGGAACAGCUUCUCGCUCUCGGCGGAGAUGCUGAGCAGGAUGUCCGCCACGGACCAGAAGGCCGUGCUGCACGGCCUGGACGUGAGCACGGAGUUCUGCGACUAGCGAGCCCUCGGCCGACCCUAUUCCAAAAAAAAAAAGCCAUCCCGGAGGGAGGGGGAGGAGUGAUCAGAGCCGUCACGUGAUUGGCCAAACCAACUGAUGGUGGCACUGCUGCUAAGAUGGACUGAUCAGUUUCUUUCUUUUUUUGAUGUAUGAGAACUGGGUUAGCAGAAUUGUACAUUAGCUUGUAUUAUGUGCUGCACUAUGGACAUAUAUGUGUAUAACUUAAUAUGUAUAUACAUAUCUGUAUGUAUGCAUGUGUGUACAAUGCAAAAAUAUAUUCAUACGAAUAUAGAUAAUCACAAAAACACUGCAAAAUGUCACAUAAAGCCACUUAUGUUUCUUUAGAUAGACUAAUGAGGGUAUUUUUAUAAUGGCAGCAUUUCCAAGACAGACUUUAAAAGUUAAAACUUUUUUGUAUGAAAAGAAGUUAUUUCCUAUUAAAUAGCCUAUUUAAAUAGCCUAUUUAAUAUCUUCAUAUCUUAUAAUCUAGGCCAAUUGUGUGAUUAAGUGAAGUUAAGCAAAUGGUCUUGGCAUUUCAUUGUACUUCAUUGCCACUGCUUCUUUGAUAAGAAUGAGAAAUUAAAAAUCCUGCCAAUAAGAUUGAGGGCUCUAUCUUACAAUCAGCGCAACACGGUGGUGACCCGAACGCAAAUGUCUUCGCCAGUUUCAGAACGAUGCCGUCGUCAUUUUCCCGUCCAGUGCCACUUUAAAUUGUUGAAUUUAAUCAAAUAGUUUCCUCAGAAAAGCUCUGGGCUCUGCACAAUGGGAGCAGCCAUAGGGUGAACAUAGAAAAAUUACAUUACAAAAUGAUUGUGUGUGAUUGGCUGGAAGACUGGCAGUGUGAAACAAGGAUCACAAAGAAGUAAAUGGGUUUUUGGGAAUCGGAGUCAAUUAGGUGAUGAGACGGAUGGGUUUAAAAUGCGCGUAUCAUAUUUGAUGCAUGAAGCGUUAUAGGGUUAAAUAGCUAAUUUAGCUCUUUAUUUAGGGCGGGUUGGUCUUAAAAUGAGGUGUGGUCAUGGUAAUGGUUAGCGUAUUGCUAUUUUGUUGCAGCUAAAAUUAUUUGCAAUAUGAGCAACAAAACCCUGGUCUUAAAUCAUUGCAGUUUCAUUGUUAUUUUAAGGGUGCAAUAUUAAUAUAGAAUCACGCACCUAUUUGGGCAGGUGCUUUAGGUCGCGCGCUAAGAUUGUUAAAAUAGAGC